GAAUUGGACGCGCAAAGAGACACAAUGAUGAUUCGUUGCUAAGCUCAAGCAGAAGCUUAGUGUGCGCGCGCGCUCCAUAUAAAAGUAAAGUGACGACGCGAUUUGGAACUUAUUUCAGUGAUUUUGGUAGGAACGUUGAAACGUUGAAUGGCUCGACAGUAGCCAACGGUAAUACACACACACACACAGAUACACACCUACGGAUAGAGUCACACACACACAUACGUAAAUGGUCACAAAUUGUACUUGGUAUAUAUGGGAACAAAAGCGAGCAUUGAAUAGUGUUAGAAACGGAUUUUGAAGGCGAACAAAAAGGAAACGUAAACAUUUCCGGUGGUGCGCCAAUAAUACAGACAUAACUAAAUAUUUACUUAAGAAUUUUGAAAAAAAAAGAUUGCCGUAAAAUAUCCUUCAAAAAUAGUAUUUGGAUUUUGUUGUGAAAUAAUUGAAAAGUGUAGCCAGCAAGGAUUAGACUACGAAGUGUGUUUAAAUGUUAUUUUAACCAGUUUAACAAUAUCAAUUUAAACAAGAAAUCAGAAAAAAAUUCGUUUGAAAACAUUAAAGAUAUAUAAAAACUUAUUUAUAUACAUAAAUAAAUAUUAAAAAAAAAAUUAAAUUUACGAAAAGGAUAAUAUAUAAUAAAUAAAUUCUUAAAGAAAUGAUCAGUGUGUUUAAAAAAAAUAAUAAAAAUAAACUAAACAAAGCAAAAUAAAAAACUGUUUCGAGUACCGUGGUAAUCUUCAAGCGAAUUUUCAAAAUCAAUUUACCAAAUAAAAUCUGCAAGUGCUGGAUUACGGAUUUCAGUGAGCUCAUUCCUCAACGUUUCAACUGCAACAUCAAUUUUCAUUGGAUAUUAGUUGUUGGCCAUCGCGCAUUUGGCAAUAAUUUGAAUUUCGCCUUGAAUCAGCUUGAGCGAAAAUUUGCAUAAAUCAGCUUUUAGGAAAAGCACAUAAAAUAUGGACUACUACAUCAACACAAUUUACGCUGGCUGGCGUGAUCUCAUGGACAACAAAUCUGAUCCGCGCACACGAGAUUGGCCAUUGAUGAAUUCGCCCUUCCCCACCAUUGCAAUCAGUUUGUCCUACGCAUACUUCGUGAAGGUGCUGGGCCCCAAAUUGAUGGAAAACAGAAAACCUUUUGAGUUGCGCAAAGUCUUAAUCGUUUACAAUUUGGCGCAAGUGCUUUUCAGCGCUUGGCUAUUCUACGAGUCCUGCAUUGGCGGCUGGCUUAAUGGCUAUAAUAUCAGAUGCGAGCCUGUAGACUAUUCGAAUUCACCACGCGCGUUAAGGGUGGCACGAGGAUGCUGGUGGUACUACAUCUCCAAAUUCACCGAAUUCUUCGACACCUUCUUCUUUGUGAUGCGUAAACGUUAUGAUCAAGUGUCGACGCUGCACGUCAUUCAUCACGGCAUUAUGCCCUGCUCCGUUUGGUGGGGCGUGAAAUUCACACCCGGCGGUCACUCUUCGUUCUUCGGUUUUCUCAACACAUUUGUGCAUAUUAUCAUGUACACCUAUUAUAUGUUGGCGGCGAUGGGACCCAAAGUACAAAAGUAUUUGUGGUGGAAGAAAUAUCUGACUGUCUUACAGAUGAUUCAAUUCGUUUUGGUUAUGGUGCAUUCAUUCCAAUUGUUCUUCCGCAACGAUUGUAAUUAUCCAAUUGGUUUUGCAUACUUUAUUGGCGCACAUGCGGCCAUGUUCUAUUUCCUCUUCUCGGACUUCUACAAACAGGCCUAUCUCAAGCGGGAGCAGAAGAAGGGGAAAGUCGCUGCCAAUGGCAAGCUGAGCAAUGGCUAUGCAAAUGGUGUCAUCAAGUCAAACGGUGAGCUGCCCAAAGAGAUUAAUGGAAAUUUGAAAGUGCAGGAUAAUAACAAAUUUGACGGUUACUACAAGUCCACGUUGGCGUCGCAACUGCCCAGUGGCACAACAACAACGAGACAGCGAGUCUUCGCCACAGCGCAUAAUUAAUUUAUAAUAAUAUAUUUACCAAAUAAUUUAAAUGAAAAUGAGAAAAAAUAUUAAUGCAAACCUAAAAGUAAUAGAAAUGUAUCUUUAAGUUACUCGUUCUUAAGGCUUUUGUAGUUAUUUGUAUGUAUGUAUUUUAAUAAUUAUAUUAUUAAAAAGAACGAAAACAAAGAAACUUUAUUUUAUGUAAGCGCAAACAACUAGUUGCAUUGUACUCUGUGUUUUGUUGUUGUGCUGUAAAGCUUUGCUGGUGUUUUCUAAUGUUGGUGUACUUGUAUUUUAUGCGGUUCAUUGAUUUAUGUUUUUAUUUUAGUUUACUUUAUAAUAGAAUAGCUUUUAAGCUAUUAGUUUCGUAUAAAAGUAGUUGCGUAGACAAACAUACAAAUGCAAUUAAAAGAAAUGACCACUAAUAGAAGAAGAUGUGUAACAUUGUAAAAUAUAUGUAUGUAUGUAUACAAAAAUUUACAAGUGAAUAAAAUAUAUUUUAUAUUUUUUA